AUCCCAAGUCCAGGACUUGGGAGGUUCUUGAAAUAACUAUACGAAUGACCAGAUGCACUUUGUACAAUAUGCAGUAGGGCUGAGAAAAAUAUGGAUAUUUAUAUUUUAAUGUAUGAAACACCCUCAAAAUUCAGCACAAGGUAUUUUGGGAAUUAGCUGAGUGAGGUGAAAGUAACUAAUAAAUUUUAUUAUUGCAGUUACAUAAAUUAUUGGUAUUUUAUCCAAAAAAUUGUUAUAAUGUUAAUUAAUUUGCUUAUAUUUUAUCUUUUGGAAUUACAUGCAGUUCCAAAGAGAAUAUAAAUGUCAUGUGGAUAAUAAGGUUGGUAACGAAAAACUCUGAAAUACAUGUGGGCGAAAUACAUUUUUUUUUUCACAUAAUAGUCUAUGGAAAUUAUUGUUUGUCCCAACAUGGCUGACCACGAAACCGAAACUGAUGAUGGUAGUACGUUUAAAGUUAAAAGGAAACGAAAUGAGAAUGCAUGGGCAAAAAAUGUACGUAAACGUUUAAGAAGAGAAGGUAAACCAUAUAUUAAUGAAAGUGGUAAAGGGAUAAAGGCCCGUAAAACAGGAACUUCGUGCAGGUGUAAACGAGGCUGUCUUACAAAAUAUUCUGAUGAAGCAAAAGAGUUGCUGAUAACUAACCUUAACAAUCUAACCUGCAAAGAUGCCCAAGAUUCUUAUUUGUAUGGACUUCUACGCGAAAAGGUUAUUGACAGAAGACGACCACGAAAAGGAGAGAAGUCCCUGCAGCGUGAAAAACAGUAUAUAUACACUGUUGUACUUGGUGAACAAGAAACUGUUGUAUGCCGUGAAGGAUUUGCCAGCUUGUUUGGAAUAGGUGUUGGGCGAGUGAGACGGUUGACAGAACUUCAUAGCGCCGGUGUGUCACCAAAAGACAACAGAGGAUUUGGAUCUGAUGAGUUGUGUAAUGAGGACGGAGACUAUGAAGACAUUACAGAAAAUGUAUGA